ACCGGAGCCCACCCUCCUGGGCUGGAAGCCCUCCCUCCGCAACCAUGGUCUGGAAGAAACUGGGCUCUGGCAACUUCUCCAGCUGCCCCAAUGGCUCCCGCCAGUGGAUAUGGGAUGUGUUUGGUGAAUGUGCCCAGGAUGGUUGGGACGAAGCCAGUGUGGCCCUGGGCUUGGUCUCCAUUCUCUGUUUCGCUGCAUCCACCUUCCCCCAGUACAUCAAGGCCUGCAAGACGGGCAACAUGGACCAGGCCCUGUCCCUGUGGUUUCUCCUGGGCUGGAUUGGUGGAGACUCCUGCAACCUCAUCGGCUCCUUCCUUGCUGACCAGCUGCCCCUGCAGACCUACACAGCUGUGUAUUACGUCUUGGCAGAUCUGCUGAUGCUGACACUGUACUUCCAUUACAAGUUCAAGAAAUGCCCCUCCCCAUUGGCUGCCCCCAUCAAUUCUGUGCUCUUGUUCACCAUGGGGACGGUGUGUUCUACACCACUGCUGAGCAGCUCUGGCCCUGUGGCUGCCCCGAGGGAGGUCUUCCGGGGGCGGACGCUCCUGUCUGUGGAGCCGGGCAGUAAGCCCUUCACUCGGCAGGAGAUCAUCGGCUUCGUCAUUGGCUCCAUCUCCAGCGUGCUGUACCUGCUCUCCCGGCUGCCUCAGAUCCGCACCAAUUUUCUACGGAAAUCAACUCAGGGAAUCUCCUACUCGCUGUUCGCAUUGGUGAUGCUGGGGAACACAUUGUACGGACUGAGCGUGCUGCUCAAAAACCCUGAGGUGGGCCAGAGCGAGGGCAGCUACCUGCUGCACCACCUACCGUGGCUCGUGGGCAGCCUGGGUGUGCUGCUGCUGGACACCAUCAUAUCCUUUAGGUUUCUGGUGUACAGGAACAAUGCCUCCUCCCCAGAGUGUGAGCCCCUCCUCCCCAGCUGACCAAUACCAGGCUGAGCCCAGGAUGACAGGGACCUCCAGAUGCCAUACCCAGGAAGGGAGAGGUGUGGACGGAGAUAGUGCUGCUGCCUCUGGAUUGGGCCAUGGAGGAAGCCUGUGGGAGGUCUAGAACUCCCGGCCUGCCUACCUCCCCAGCACGCCUGGAAUCCUUUUCCAGAGCAAGACGCUCCCGUGGCCGGCCUACCCCGCCCUGCCUCGGAACACCUCCCAGGUCUGAGGCAGCUGUCCCUGGCAGCCUCGAGUGAGGGGCUGCAGCUGGGACCUCAGGGCCUCUUGGAAAACAGUGCAGCUGCCCCUCCUGCCCACCUACCUCAUUCUGCCUGCUGCCCCCCUGGAGGGGCCACAGCUGCAGCCUGGUGGACCCAGGACUGUCCUGUUGACUCCAGACAACCUAGUAAAUGGUACUUCCCA